AUAACAGUUAGAAUGAAAUAGGGAGACGGAGGAGAAGAAAGCCACUGAUUUCAUAAAAAUACAAAGCUGCUAUAAAAACCAAAACCCUAAAAGAAGAAGAAGAAGAAGAAAUCCCCAAAUUUCUGCAAUGUCUUCUUCUUCUGAAAAACCCAUUGAAAACCAAACCCUAGAAGCAGCAGCAGCCGCCUCAAAUUCUCCUCCUCUCGGAAAAACUCUAGAAAAGGGAGGAGAUCUUGAAGCAGGAGUAGAACAGAAGGAUCGGGAGAAUGACGGCAAAACGGUAGAAAACGGAGGAGAAGGCGAGAAAACCCUAGGAAAGGAAGCAGAUAUUAAAGGAAGAGAAGGAGAAGAGAAAGAUAGCGAGAAAACCCUAGAAAAGGAAGGAGAUGAUGGCGAAAACUCCCUUGAAAUAGGAGGUGUCGUUGGCGAAGACCAUGAAGAAGAAGAAGAGGGGGAGUGCGGUUUCUGCCUUUUCAUGAAAGGAGGUGGCUGCAAGGAGGAGUUCAUUGCCUGGGAGAAGUGUGUCGAAGAGGCAGAUAAGAACCAGGAAGAUGUUGUCGAAAAGUGCUUUGAGGUGACGGCGCUGCUGAAGAAAUGCAUGGACGCGCAUGCUGAUUACUAUGAGCCGGUGCUUCGGGCUGAGAAAGCCAUGGAGGAGGAAGUCGCAAGGGAGUUGGAGCGGGAUGGGGCGGACCACAAUGUGGGACAGGGGAGUUAGUGCAUUUUUUAUAUCUGGAUCAUUCAACUUGGAUUUUCUGGAUGAUUGAGGGAUUUUUGAAUUUGGAUUCUUACAGAGGUUGAGAUCUGGAUCAUGUUGUUUUAAUGGUGACUGGAAGGGUAUUGGAGUUUGAUGAAAGAGCGGAUGAAGAGGCAGUAGAGACUAGUUGGAGAUGCAGGCGGAGUAGACAUCCAUUUGUUUUUUCAUAUCAUUUUAGGACAAUCUAAAAAAUGAGGUACCACACGGUCAGGGGAUUAAACACCUACCAUUAAAAACUAGA